AUGCUGCGAAUGCUCGAGGCCCAGGCCCCUGCCAAACAGACGGCCACGGACACCAUUAGCACCUUGAGCAGCCGUCUUGCUAGUGCUACCCUCCUCGAGGACCGCCGCGCUGCCAUCCUGGGGCUUCGCAGCUUUGCAAAAGAAUAUCCGGCCUCGGUCGCCUCGGGCGCUCUUCGCGGCCUCAUCGCUUGCCUGACUAAGGACGCUGAAGAUGUCGAUACUAUCAAAGUGGUCCUGGAGACGCUGAUGAUGCUCUUCAACCCAAACGAACACAGUCGUCAAGAUAACAUAACUAUCCUCCUUGACCUCCUCGAAACCCCCGACUUCUACUCCCGCCUUUACUCCCUCCAAUUGAUACAGGCCAUAUCCAGUGCGAGGCCGGAACGAACCCAAGAAUGCAUCUUGACAGCGCCUUUGGGGACACCGCGAUUAGUGGCGACUCUGGACGACCCGAGAGAGGCAGUGCAUAAUGCUGGCCUCGUGCUCCUCAACGACCUCUCACAAUCCUCACCUGAGCUCCAGAAGCUAUUCGUCUUCGAGAACGCCUUCGAGCGGAUAUUCAACAUGAUCCAGGCUGACGGAUCCCUCACCCAAGGAGGCAUAGUGGUCCAGGAUUGCUUGUCAUUACUCGCAAAUCUCGUUCGGUUCAAUGCUUCAAAUCAAACCACGUUUCGGGAGACAGGCGGCAUGGCGAGGUUUGCUGCACUCCUACCCGGUGCCCCAAAAAACAAGAAAGCGCGAGCAAACACUGGGGACGAUGAUUGGGUCAGUCCCCAGAGCGAAAAGAAUGUAUGGGGCCUUUUGGCCAUCCUGCGUAUGUUCUUAGUCCCAGGUAGCACAAGCACUCUGCCCAAUCAGAACGCUUUCCAAAAGCACGGGCUCCUCCAGCAAGUGUUAAACAUGGCCUUCGAUCCUUCAACUGCGAUUCCAAUAAAAGUCGAGGCACUGAACACAUGCGCCGACUUGAUUAGAGGUAACAAUCGGCUUCAAGAAGGCUUUGUCCAGCUGCAGGUCCGGCCGAUUACUGAGCACGACGCGAAAACCAACGGGGCAACAUCACCACAUGAAGUCCCAGCUGUCAACGUGAUCAACGCGCUACUGGAUCUUGCAUUGAGUCCCACAAGUAACGAUCUGUUCGACGCGCGGUUCGCGGCAUGCGAGUGCAUCAAAGCGUACUUCUUCAACCAUGUCCAGAUCCGACUGCACUUUCUUCGAAGAGCUAUUGAUGGCCAUCUUUCAGGCCAGGAUGAGACGGCCAAUGUAUUGACAACGCUAAUUACUGGACCUCAAGGCUCCCAGACAAUCGAUCCGUAUCGGACUUGGUUCGCAGCGACCCUAGUUUUUCAUUUAAUCUUCGAAGAUCAUGAAGCGAAAAGCCUCUUAAUGCAGGUCGCCGAGGGAGACGCCGAGAGCGGCGAGGAAGUGGUGACAUGCAUACAAGCCCUUACGGGAAACCUGAUAGCUAGUCUGCAAUUGGGUGAGGACGACCGAGUCUCCAUUGCCUAUCUGAUGCUGCUCUCUGGGUGGCUCUUUGAAGACGCCGCAGCUGUAAACGAUUUCCUCGGGGAAGCAAGCAGCCUCCAAAGCCUCGCACAGACCUGCUUGAAGCCAGGUCAUGAUCAAACUGUCAUCAAGGGUCUCUGUGCUGCACUUUUAGGCAUCAUUUACGAAUUCUCCACAAAGGACUCCCCGAUACCUCGACGCGAGCUUCAGCCUAUCUUGACUUCUCGUCUAGGUCGGGAGAAAUACCUCGAUGCCAUAACGCAGCUACGCCACCACCCCAUUGUGCGAGAUUUUGAAGUUCUUCAUCACGAUGCCUCUGCGCAUGGUGCACCCAUCCCUGAAGUAUAUUUCGACGAGACCUUUGUAGAUUUUCUCAAAGACAAUUUCAGCCGAUUAUCGCGCGCCAUCGACCGAGACCCUGGACUCGAACAGCACCAAUCGCAUGACGGUAUUGACCGAGAUCUUGUCGAUUCGCUGCGGGGUCAGCUCGAAGAGAAGAUUCAGGCCAUUGAAAAGAUACAGUCAGAGCUUCUAACGACGGAACAAAGGCUGAAUCAAGCACAAGCUGACCAUCGUAAGUCGCAAGAGUCGGCCCUUACACAGCUCAACACAAUAAAGCGUAUCAACGAUGACCUCCACAAGAAUCACGAUACGGAAACGAAAAAGCUUGAACGUGAACACCGCCAAGCAACAUUAGAUUUGGAAAACAAAUACAACUUGCAGGUCGCGGCACUGAACAACAAGAUACAGCAGUCUGUGAAGGAAGGGGCCAUGGCUGUUGCCAAAACAAAACAAGAAUAUGAAGAGAGGUUACACGAGGCCAACAAAGCCCGUGUAGACCUUGAGCGCCGACUUAGUUCAGCACACGAAGCGCGACUGGAAGCCCUCGAAACCAUCCGUGGAUUCGAGCAGACACAGAGGAGAACGAAAGACGAAAUCGCCAUUGUACGGGAAACGAUCAGUAAUCUCGAGGUUAAUCUUCGAAACAGCCAGGAUCAGAUCAAACAGCUAAAGGCAGAAAAAGAAACGUUACAGGAUUCUAUAGAAAAGGCAAGAGCGGAGAAUCAGCAACUGAAGACAAAGACGCAGGAUCUGACAUGGAAGGCCAAGGACGCGGAAGAGAAGCUACGCAAGGCCGAGGCGAGUGUCAAGGAAAAAGAAGAGGCGAGGUUUGCCGCACAGACUGAAUUGGAUGAUCUAUUUGUUGUUCUCGGGGAUCUUGAGGAGAAGAGGACAAGAGAUAAGAAACGGCUCAAAGAACUAGGUGAGGAGAUAUCCGAUGCAGAGGACGACGAAGACGACGAAGACGACGAAGACGACGAAGACGACGAGGACGAAGAGGAGUGA